AUGGACUGGAGAAAAAUUUGGUUGAUCUUGGGUGCAGCACUCCAUCUGUUGAAUAAUUUAUUUGUUUCUAAGGGAUUACCUUCGUGUGCCCGUAUGGGGAGUGGUGCAAUGAUCAGCUGGACAUAUAUUUGUAGUAUUUUAGUUCUAUGUAUUGCUAAGAAUUUAAUUUCUGUAAUACAAGAAAUUGAGCAUAAAGUUUUUUUGGCCAUUUCUUCUUUGACAUUACUUCCAAUUAGCACGUUUAUUCCAAGUAGUCGAAUCGUAAAACAGACGAUCAUCACUUUAUGUCUAGUCAACAUUACUUCUAUUCGAUAUCAAAAACUCAUCGAUGUAUUAUCGACCUGCAUACAACAUGUUACAGAUAAUCACUAUUGA